GAGGACCUCGUGGAGGUCUUGAAGAAGCACAUCACUAGUCCGAGCAGCGUACCGCCGUACGCCGAGACAGGAACAGGGGGGCUCGAGGUCAAAAAGAUCGCUGUUCUGACGAACAUGUGGCAGGAGCUGGACACAACGUUCGGCGGACUGUCCUUCAAGAAAUCGGUUUUCCAGGAGGCGCUGAAGGAUCUCGAGUUGGUUCUUGGAGAUCAGCAGAAAGAGUGGGUGACAGUCACGUGGAACAGACUCAACAAGAUGAUGAGGCACAUCUCGCAGGCGAGGCAGAGAGCGGCCCCGCCCGCCUGGGUUGUCCAGAUGAUGAACAUGGAGGCCCAGCCCAACGGCGACGACGAGAACCCCGAGGAGGAAGACGAGGAGUUCUACGACGGCAGCUCGGACGAUGACGGCAACGACGACGGGGAUCCAGAAGGAGGUGCAGCUGCCGCUGACGGGGUUCAACCAGCAACGGAGUACGUGUACGGUUGGGACGCUGACGGUUGCAAAGCCUUCAGGGCGCCGCUCGCAGAGCCCAACAAGAAGGAGUACACGGACGACGUGGAGGUCAGCUCGAGCGACCCGAAGGGCUUCAUCAUCGCGAAGUUCUCCGAGGAAGACGUCAAGGAGAUCGUGGACAUGACGAACGAGGAGUUCGAGGUGAACACCAAGAUCCGCUUCGAGAAGACGAAGGGGACGCUGUGGACAGGCAAACAUAUUGACACGGGCGCUCAAGUUACCAUCCAGAAGAAGGUCGACAAGGCUAUUGGCUUGGUCAUUCUCGUCCACUCUGAGAACAUCAUCGAGGAUAUGCCUGGCAAGAAGAAGCAGAUCCUCCAGGUCAUCAUUGGGCGCGACAGCACGCACGCAUACCGCAAGGACGUGAUGGCGAAGACGGUCGGGCUACUGCAGAAUUACAUCCUCGGGUUGAUCGAGCGCGACUCGUUGACGGCGAAGCGUGACGAGUUCAUGGCAUCGCUCAGCCGCCCAUCGAAAGCCCAGUCUAGCGGCGAGGCGGCGGCGGCGUCAAGCAGCAGUGCACCGGCGGCCUCGAAGAGAGAAGCGUCAGCCUCCAGCGCGGCGAAGCCCAGCAAGAAGCCCAAGUCGCCUUCCCCGAUCGGGGACAGCGACGACAAGGAGGUAGUGGUCAAGGUCGACUCCGACGGCGACAGCGACGACUCCGCGUGGCUGGAGCACCUCGAGAAGGUCAGGAGCCAGCGCGAGCAGGAGUCGAUCAACCUUUGA